GGGACCCCCCCGGGACCGAAAUGUGGCGAGCUGGCCGGUGGGCGCCCCUACUCCUGUUUCUGUUGCAGAGCUCCCUAGGAAGGCCCCGUCCAGCCCCACCCAGAAAUGUGACACUGCUCUCCCAGAACUUCACUGUUUACCUGACAUGGCUCCCAGGCCUUGAUAGCCCCCCAAACGUGACCUAUUUCGUGACCUACCAAAGGUAUACCAAACCCUAUUGGCGAAAUGUGAAGCACUGUGCAGGCAUCAAGGCUCUGGUGUGUCCCCUGAUGAUGUGCCUGAAGAAACUGGACCUGUACAACAAGUUCAAAGGACGAGUACAGGCAGCUUCUGCACAUGGCAGGUCCCGAUGGGUGGAAUCCGGGUACCUGGAAUACCUUUUUGACGUGGAGCUAGCCCCACCCACCCUGGUGCUCACCCAGAUGGAGAAGGUCCUAAGGGUCAACGCUACCUACCAGCUGCCGCCUUGCAUGCCGUCGCUGGAACUGAAGUACCAGGUGGAAUUCUGGAAGGAGGGCCUGGGAAGCAAGACCCUGUUUCCUGGCACUCCAUACGACCAGCCAGUGCAGAUUCCUCUCCAGCAAGGUGCUAAUGGACGCUACUGCCUCAGCGCCAGAACCGUCUAUACCUUAAUUGACAUUAAGUACAGCCUGUUCUCUGAGCCCAGCUGCAUCUUCCUAGAGGCUCCAGGGGCCAGCCGAGCUGUCUUGGCGAUGCCCUUAAUCUUGCUUCUACUGAUAGCAGCGGCUGCAGCAGGUGUGGCAUGGAAGAAAAUGAAAGGGAACCCCUGGUUUCGGAGGGUGAAGACGCCCCAGGCACUGGACUUUUCUGAAUACAGAUACCGAGUGGCAGCCUUCCAGCCCAGUGGACCUGAGUUCUCAGAUAACUUGAUCCUCUGUCCCCAGAAGGAACUGACCAUAAGGAUCAGACCAGUCCCUCAGGUCAGAGAGCCAGCCACGCUACAGGUGGGACCAGAAAAAGACAGCACUGAGGAUGAAGAUGAGGACACAGAUGACGGUGACAGCAUCCAGCCCUACCUGGAACGGCCCCUUUUCAUCAGGGAGAAGCUCCAGGCUAUGGAGCACUCAGAGGCAGACGAAUCUGGGGUGGAUUCAGGGGGUCUUUGGACAUCCCCACUUGGGAGUGAAGGCUCCUCUGCAUGGGACUCUUCAGACAGGAGCUGGUCCAGCACAGGAGACUCGUCGUAUAAGGAUGAAGCUGGAUCUUCCAGCUGUUUGGACCAGAAGGAGCCGGACCAGGAGCCUCUGCCAUGCCUGGAAUUUUCUGAGGACUUGGGCACUGUGGAAGAGAUUCUGAAAGAUGACCUUUCUGGGUGGAGAAUUUGGGGUUCCUUAUCCCCAAAGAGAGAUCUGGCUGUGGAGCCCCCAGUUUCUCUUCAGACACUGACUUUCUGCUGGGACAGCAAUCCUGAGGAACAGGAAGAGGAAGAGGAGGAAGAGGAAGAGGAGGAAGACUGGGAACCAGAACCUAAGGAUAGCAACGCCGGCUAUUGGGGCACUUCAAGCCUCCAGAGGACAGAGGUCAGGCCUGGGGUGCUGGGAGAUUACAUGGUCAGGUGA